CCAACGAUAUGUUGAUGGAAAAAAAUGAAGUGCGUUACGAUCAGCAGGCACAGCAGAAAAUUUUAGUGAUUAAAAAAUUAUUCAAUUAAAAAUUGGAUGAAAAAAUCGAAGAUAUAAAUAAAUAGUAAACAUUUACAGCGAAUAAUAAGUGUAGAGUUCUAUAUCAAAACCCAAAAGGCAACGCAAAGCAAAGGAAUUGAUUUCAAGGCGACGGCGUUGUGUAUAGACGGCACCCCUCUUCUGAUAAGAUUUUUGCAUGAUUGCUAAAUGUCUGAGAAAAUUACCGAAACUUGAGAAAAAUCAACGGAUAGUGCAAUCUUCACGCCAAGAGUGUCUUCAUAUUAAUCAUCUGAUUAAAGUGGAAUCGUAAAAAAAGAAAUACAUACACUGAAAAAAAAACCGGUGGCCCAGUAACGUUGGAAUUUGGUAAAAAUGUAAACUGGAUGCAGCGCUCUACAUGCGUACGUGGAGCGCAUAAUCGUGAAGUGAAAUAUUAAAACAAAUAAAUAAUAAAUUAGCAUCCUUCACACGACUGUGAGUGCAUUUCUAGUCCUGAUAUUAAAUUUCAUAAACAUACAACGAAAAACUGUGCACAUUGUCCUUAGCGGUAUUGCAACAUCGUGCUGACCAAUAACCGUGCCUCGUACACAUGAAAUGGAAAUACAAAUCAAAAAGCAGCACGUAAUUGAUGAUAACAUAAAAAACAACAAUAAUAAUAAUUAUAUUGAUAGCAACAAAAAAAGUAGCGUAGAACAAUCCUUAGUGGCAGCAACCAUUCAUUCAGUGACUGCCUAUAAAAGCAUUUUAAUGCCACCUUUAGGCACUAAACUGUUGGCCGACAAACAGGGACUACACACCAAUAACGAGGCUAGUAAUUUAAAAAUGGAUGUGGAGACCGCAGAUGGCGAGGUGUCAGUUCUACUGGCAAAUAAGAAUUUCCACUAUGACGCACUCUCCAAUGUAGAGGAGCCCUAUGAAGCUGAUGUUGAUGGCAAAGGUGGUGGUGGAGGAGCCGAUUUUGUGGCAGGCAAUGAGGAAAAGCAACUAAUUAAUGAACAGGCUCAUCCACAAGUUACAUGGCUAGAUAAUGAACAAAUUGAUGCACUUGACGUAACCACGUUGGACAUUGGAAAUAUGUUCUUUAACCGCGUUGAUAGUGCAGAAAUAAUUUAUCAAAAGAAAAAGAAAGAAAUUAAAAUGGUAGGAAAGUAUGUUAUGGGUGAUGUGUUGGGCGAGGGUUCCUAUGGCAAAGUGAAAGAAGUGCUUGAUUCAGAAAAUCUCUGUCGGCGGGCAGUAAAGAUAUUGACUAAGCGAAAACUGAGACGCAUUCCCAAUGGAGAACAGAAUGUGCAGCGGGAAAUUCAAUUAUUAAGAAACUUACAGCACAAAAAUGUAGUUGCACUUUUGGAUGUUUUGUACAACGACGAAAAGCAGAAAAUGUACAUGAUUAUGGAAUACUGUGUGGGGGGAUUGCAGGAAUUAGUGGAUAGCGCACCCGAAAAGAAACUGCCUCUCUUUCAGGCGCAUCGCUAUUUUUGCCAAUUAAUAAGCGGCUUAGAAUAUUUACACGGCUGCCGCAUCAUACACAAAGAUAUUAAGCCUGGAAAUCUAUUGCUUUCACUUGAGCAAACAUUGAAAAUUUCGGAUUUCGGUGUCGCCGAACAGUUAGAUCUUUUUGCUAAAGACGAUACAUGCACCACCGGGCAGGGCUCACCUGCAUUUCAACCGCCAGAAAUUGCCAACGGACACGAAUCAUUCUCCGGCACUAAAGUUGAUAUAUGGAGCUGUGGUGUGACGCUCUACAACAUAUGUUCGGGACAAUAUCCAUUCGAAGGUGAUAACAUUUACAGGCUAUUUGAGAACAUUGGACGUGGUCAAUGGGAAGCACCAGAUUGGUUGUACAAGUUGGACGCACAGCUAGCGGGUCUCAUAUUGGGCAUGUUACAAGCUGAUCAGGCUAAGCGAUAUUCUAUACAACAAAUACGCAGUGAUCCUUGGUUCAUAUCAGCACCCGAAGAAAAGGGUCCACCAGUGCCAAUACCACCACUCAAACGUGAUGUCUACCGCCGUUCGACGGUACUGCCUUAUCUAGAUGCUUACCACUAUGAAACCGAGCGUGAUUUGGAGGAAGUUUACUUCACCGAACACGAUCUCAAUCGUGAGUGAGCUCGCACGUCAAGCAGCCGCUGCCGCUGCUGAAAUUAAAGCACAACAACAACAGCAACAACAACAAUUAGCGGCACCCAACUCAGCAGGGCCAUCGACAAGUGCAGGCGCGUCGACUUCGAACAGCAUAAGCAAGGAGAAAAAAUCUUCCUCGUUGAAAAGACGUGCCAAAAAGCUAACGUCUUGUAUAUCUGUAAGAAAGCUCUCAAACUGUCGGCCAUCGUAAUAAGCAGCACAGUGCCAGCGAUUAAAGAGUAUAUAAGGGCGCGCGCACAGGCGCAGCAGUAUAUGUAGUCAUUGGAAAAUCAUAGUUUAAUUGAUAUGAAAAAAAAAACUUAAAAAUUUUCAACUCUAAACAUUUCAUUAGUCGUUGAAUGUCAAGUCAGUUAGCCCUACGCAUAUGUAUGUGCAGCUUGCACUGCUGCAGAGAAUAUAUAAAUGAAAGUAUCUCUCGCUGCCAAAUGCAAGCAACACUCGCAA